AGUUUCAGAAGAAAAGAAAGAAAAGAAAAGACGUUCCGCUUAAACUGAGGCUGGGAAUUCAUAGUUGAUUGAGAGAGAGAGAGAGAAAGAGAGAAUUGCAGAGAUGAGCAGCACAGGUUCACAGGCACAGUCACCGUCACAAUCACAGGGCUCGCACUCGCUGGCCUUCCGGGUGAUGAGGUUAUGCAAGCCCUCCUUCCACGUGGACCCUCCGCUCCGCCUUGACCUUUCCGAUCUAAUCGCCGGCGAGGACAUCUUCGACGACCCUAUCGCCGCCUCCAAUCUAACUCCACUCCUUGACCGCCACGUGGCCAAACCCACCGACUCAUCAGAUCUCAGUUACCGCACCAGAUUCCUCCUCCACGACUCCUCCGACCCCAUGGGCCUCUCUUCCCUUCUCGUUCUCCCCCAGUCCUUUGGGGCGAUAUACUUGGGAGAGACAUUUUGUAGCUAUAUUAGCAUUAACAACAGCUCCAACUUCGAAGUUAAGGACGUUAUUAUCAAGGCUGAAAUUCAAACGGAGAGGCAGAGGUUAUUGCUUUUGGAUACCUCAAAAUCGCCUGUUGAAUCGAUACGUGCUGGAGGGCGUUAUGAUUUCAUUGUUGAACAUGAUGUGAAGGAACUCGGACCUCACACGCUGGUCUGCACUGCAUUGUACAAUGAUGGCGAGGGUGAGCGUAAAUAUCUUCCACAGUUUUUUAAGUUUAUGGUCGCCAAUCCACUUUCAGUUAGGACAAAGGUUCGAGUUGUCAAGCCUCCCUAUGAAAAUCAGGAAACUACAUAUUUGGAAGCUUGCAUUGAAAAUCAUACAAAAUCAAACCUUUUUAUGGACCAAGUUGACUUUGAGCCCGCUCAGCAUUGGAGUGCAACAAUAUUACAAGCCAAUGAGCACCAUUCACACAGCAAUUCCCAGACUAGGGAUACAUUUAAGCCACCAAUCCUUAUCAGAUCUGGCGGAGGAAUUCACAACUAUCUUUAUCAAUUAAAAUUGUCAUCACAUGGUUCUACACAAAUGAAAGUUGAGGGAAGUAAUAUUCUUGGUAAACUUCAGAUAACAUGGCGUACAAAUUUGGGUGAACCUGGACGCCUACAGACACAGCAGAUUCUGGGCACUCCAAUCACUCGCAGAGACAUUGAGUUACAUGUUUUGGAGGUUCCUUCUGUGAUCAACUUGGAAAGAUCCUUUUCGCUACACUUGAAACUUACAAACCAGACAGAUAGAGAAUUGGGGCCCUUUGAAGUUUCAUUGUUGUACGAUGGUUUGCAUGAGGAGAAGGUUGUAAUGAUUAAUGGUCUCCAAACCAUGGCUUUACCGCAGGUUGCAGCAUUUAGUUUCACAGACUUCCAUCUGGACCUCAUUGCUACUAAACUUGGAAUUCAGAGAAUCACCGGUAUUACAGUGUUCGACACAAGAGAGAAGAAAUCUUAUAACCCUUUGCCAGACUUGGAGAUUUUCGUGGAUUUGGACUAAUUUAUUGGCCAGUUUCACCUGAUUUUUUCGUAAUCUUCUGGUGGGGAUUAAUCCAUUUGACCAGAUGAAGUGAUGAUUUGUAUCAUCUGUGGGCUUCAAAUAGAUCAAGCAGGUCUUGACAAGCCAACCAAGUUUGUGAUGCUCAAUUAUUGUUGAUGUCUACCCUUCUCAGGCCGGUAUGACUUGCUGCCAUGCUUUCAUAUGAAUCUUUCCAUCCUCAGCAAUGUACUUUGUAGUUCAAUUACUUUCAAAAAAAAAAAAAAAAAAAAAA